AUGCGUAAAUUUUACGAUGAAGUGAUAGGUCAUGUUCGUUCUGUCGAGUCCAUGGGUGAAAAGUUUAACUCUGAAACUUUGGCUCCAGUUUUGGUGCCCCUUAUAGUGGACAAGCUGCCAAAGGAAGUUGCGGAAAAAUGGGAACUGGAGCUCAGCGAGGAAAAGGCUAAGCAUGACUGUGUAGAAGUGAAAACACUGUUUGCUUUCUUGGAACAAUUGAUAAGAGCUCAAGAGUCUUCCCAGCCUCCUUCUCUUGAUUCAAAAACACCUGAAAAGGAAAAUCCGGGAGAUUGUAAAAAACGUUUCAAGUUUAACAGCUCACAAAAAUCAUCCAACUCUGUAUUAUGGGCGACAACGCAAGAGGGAAAAGCUGAAGUAUGCCAGAAGCCUCCAUGCAAGCACUGCCAAGGAAAACAUCACAGUCUCCUGCAUCAGGACUCAGCUCGGCCUCACUUGGAAAAAGGGAAGGUGAAAUCAUCCCCUGAAUUACCAUCCUCGUCGUCAGGUCCUCCUGUGCCAUCUUCAGUUGUGGCAAAUUCUGUUGCAGUGGGCUCAGGUAGAAAAGUGAUACUGCAGACUGUGCCAGCUAUUUUUUGUGGACUGAAUGGGUGUUCAAAAGUUGUGAGAUAUUUCUUUGAUCCUGGUUCUCACACAUCGUUUGUUCGGCAGCGUGUAAUUGAUGAGCCUGGUCUUGAUGGGAAGAGUGUCAAAAUUGCAGUCUCUGGAUUUGGAGGAGAGGCUACCAAAAGCACUUUGCGGAAGAGAAUUGCGUUUACUGUGGCACCUGUUGACAAAUCUGGACAACCUCAGUGUAUUGAAGCACUUACUACAGCAGUGAUGUGCCGGCCAGCUAAAGCUGUGGAUCUUUAUCCAGCAAGAUGGUCUCAUCUUCGAAAUAUAGCAUUUUCUGAAGAGUUCCCCAGAGAUGAACAGGAGAUUGGUGUGCUUAUUGGAUUAGAUUUCUAUUAUUCCUUUGUGACAAAAGACAUUGUAAGAGGGGGUUCCAGUGAGCCAGUUGCAGUUCACACAGCUUCGGGUUGGGUCUUCUGUGGACCAACAGGUGGUCAUGACCAAGAAUGCACUGUGUCUAUGAAUGUUCAAAUUAGUGUUGAGGAACAAUUGAAUGAAACACUUCAAAAGUUCUUGGAUUUGGAGUCCAUUGGUGUUAGACCUGCUGAAAGUUCAGUUUCUACUACAAAUGUUGAAGAUGUGGUAUUGAGGAAGUUUAAAGAGACACUAACGUACAGUGAUAGUCGUUAUGAAGUAUCCUUACCAUGGAAGGAAGAUAAUGUUGCAUUGAAAGAUAAUUACCGGCAGGCAGAGAGCAGGUUGUACAAUCUAGAAAAGAAGCUGCUCCAAGAGCCAAUGAAAGCUAUGUCGUACAGAGAAGCGAUUAACAAGUAUGUUGAGAAUGGUGUCGCUGAAAAAGUACCUUGUGAUGAAAUAACACCGACAGAUGGGCGUCCUGUGUUCUAUCUGCCUCAUCAUGCAGUCAUCAGAUAA